AUGCAUAAGUUAACCGUACAAAAUGUUGUCAUAAAAAUAUGGUUUCAAAAUAGAAGGACAAAAUGGAAGAGAAAAUAUACAAACGAUGUUGAAAUAUUAGCACAACAAUAUUAUAGUUCGUUGGGAUCAUUUGCACCUCGUCCAAUGUUUUUAGGAGAUCGUUUAUGGUUAUUUAAUUAUCAAUCAAAUCCGUACCACCAUCAUUCUAUAAUACCAUUCAUACCAUCACAAUUUCAAUCUCAAAAUUACUUACAAUCGUCAAAUAUUACACAAAAUUCUCAAACUGUUUUAUUACAUCAAUUUCCCAUCGGUUGCAAUCAAAUAAAUUUAAAUGAAAAUCAUUAA